UGGGGCCCCUGGGCAAUAGGGGAUCAUGGGGCCCCUGUGUCCUUGCCCACAUUCAAAGCACACCCAAAAAAGCCUAUAAAAAGGUACCAGGGGUAUCUCAUGGGGCCCCCUACUGACCCCCGGCACUCGGGCAGUGCCCGAGUUUCCAAAUGGUCAGUCCACCCCUGGAACCUACCUCCAGGGCAGAGACAAGGGGUGGGCAGGAGGGUCAGCUGCCCUGGGUGCUGUAGGGAUUUGUACUAAGAGGUUGGAUUUGUGUUAAGAAGGGGGAUUUGGGGGGAAAGAUUUGUUCUAGUAGGAAUGUUUGGGGAGAUGCGUGCUAAAAGGGGA